UGUCUACGAUGAGCUUAGAAGAGAGAAAGAUUACAGCGGCUGAAGACAAAGGCAACGCGUUUGGGGUUUUGUGUGAGGAACGACUUUGGGGAAAAAUUCCGGUCGUCAGGAAGGAGGCAGGUGGAACAGGUACGCUUUGGGCCUCACGGUAGACCAACAAAAAAGAAUGCACUUUGAACUUUAACCCACCAUGACCUGAAACAAAAAUAAGAGGAAGAUAUAUAUUUCUCGUUAAAUAUUGGAAAGUUUCCCUUUGUCUGUGCAAGCAUGUGAGCACGAAUGAAGUUAACAGACACAGAAUCAUAAGAAAAGACAUAUAACAAUAAUAAAACCUACUCUCAACUAGCGCAUAUAUAUCAACAAAGUAAAUAAGCAUUAUUACGUAAAUAAGAAGAACUGAAGGCAAAUCAAGCACAAUGGGAGGAACAUUUGGCAAGCAUGGAUCGUGGGUGGUCGACCACUCAAUGGAUGACAUUCCCCUUCACCAUAUGGGCGGGGACACGAGGCACGGGUCCAUCGCUACUAUUACGGGCGGGGACUCGACACCGGAAGACUACACGUUCGUCCUCGAAACAGCAGCGGAGAGAAAAGCCCGAAAGAGAUCGCACUGGGUCGCUUAUACCACUAUGUUCGUCAUGUCCAUCGGUUUUUCUAUCGUUCUGAGUGGUGUUUGGCCGUAUCUGAGUGAGCUGGAGCCGUCGCUGGAUAAGCAGUCCCUCGGCUGGGUGGUGGCAGCCAACCCCUUCGGCCAGAUGAUUGCCUCGCCCCUCCUCGGGCUCUGGGGCAACAAGGCGGGGUCUAUCAGAUGGGCGUGCAUAACCACCGUGAUAGUCUUCAUCCUCGGCAACGCAAUGUACUCGAUGCUCCACCUGUUCCAAGGGCUGGGUUACCUCUCCUCUUUCUACGCCAUGAUCGUCUCCAGGUUCAUCGUGGGCAUCAGCUCGGCCAAUGUGACUCUGUGCCGCUCUUAUCUGGCUGGUUCGACAACCCUGAAGGAAAGGACAGUUGGCAUUGCAAUCAUUGCAGCAGCACAGGCUUUGGGCUUCGUCGUUGGGCCAGGCAUCCAGACGGUGGUGACCAUCGCCAUUCCCGAGCCGGUGGACACGGGUGUCGACUGGUUCGUGUGGGACAAGUUCACCGCCGCGGGAUGGACGGCUGCGCUGCUGGGUCUCAUCAACCUCAUUCUCCUCCUCCCUUGCAUCUUCCAGGAGUACAAUAUCGCCGAGAAGGAGCGCGCCAUGAUGAACGCCGGCCAGAAGGAUCAGGCGAUGCGUCUCCCGAAGCCUGACUACAUCAGCCUCUCCGCCAUCCUGUUCGGCUUCUUCAUCACGCUCUUCAUCUACGUGCUGCUGGAGACGCUGGCCGAGCCCUUCAUGGUGGACCAGUAUGGCUGGACUGACGACAAGGCCAUGGUGGUGGUGGGGAUCGCGCUGAGCGGCGGCGGGUUCCUGUCCAUCUUCAUGUUCGUGCUGAGCGGCGUGCUGUCCAAGAAGUACGACGAGCGGAUCGUGAUGAUCGUGGUGGGCUUCGUGCCGCUCAUGGUCGGGACGUUCCUGUUCCUGCCGUGGGGGCCGGGCACCAUCCCCAUCCAGGUGUGCUACAACGAGACUAUGGACAAUCUCUGGGAACGGCACCUGCCUCUCUCCUGGAGGUCGGCCCCGUGAACUCGUGGCACUUUGGAGACAUCAGUCUAUUUGAGACGGAAACGGGGGAGCGCAACUGCACCCUCGGCUGCCCAGAGGAGCAGGAGUGGUGCCAGACCACGCCGCAGCUGCCCAUCCCGCAGCUGAUCGUGGCUUACAUCAUCGUCAUCUUGGGUUACCCCGUUGCGCAGUCUCUCGGCCAGGCUCUGUUCUCGAAGAUCCUGGGACCCAAGCCCCAAGGAUUGUGGAUGGGCGUGUUGACGGGCGUGGGGAGCUUCUCUCGAAUCAUGGGCCCCAUCUUCGUGGCCUACGUGUACACGAACCUCGGCACCAGGUGGACCUUCGGCAUCCUGACGGUGUCCAUGGUGCUGGCGGAGUUGGUGCUAAUGGCGAUGUUCCCGAGACUCGUCCCCAUGAAGGUGCCGACGCUGGAGGAGCUCAGAGGCCACGACGGCCCCGCGGCGUCGGAAAAGCACUAGAGCCGGAAGCGAGACGCGGGAGACGCAUCUUAAGCAGAGUCGUACCCGACUUCCGAGUUUGUCAGUAAUAACAUAAAGAUCCCGACUAUAUUUCGCCACUCUUUCAUCACACAUUAAUCGGGAAAGGUUUCGCAAGCUGUGUACCGGCUGAUAGUUUCCCCCUUACUAAAGUAAUAUUGGUAUCCAGAAAAGACAAUAGUUUACAUAUAUUAAUGAUCGCCAUUCCACUCAUUAGUAUCUGCUUUGGGGAGAUCUUAAUUAAGGCUGCUACCAACGCAGGUUUUUACAAAUAAGUAAAUUGGCAUAAUCCUGGCUGAUUUAUUAAUAAUGGAAUAUAGUAGUUGCUCAUGUUGGUAAACCUUACCUUCCCCGACGAUUAGAGGUCUUGAGAGCGACUGUGAACAGGACCGUUGCAAAUGGCGUAUAUCAUUCCCGAAAUGCACUGGCUAUAAAAAUGGACCUGAUACCUCUUUUACCUCAGUGAAGUUAUCCAUACUGACCCAUACCUAUUUUUUUUACAUAUCUUUUAACCUUUAUUCCCAGUCAAGAGUUUCGAAUCAUCAACCCUUCAUGUUUCGAAUCAUGGCUUCGUUCACACAUCGUUACAAACUCCCCCCUCACAGUCCAGUGUUACCACAAUUACUGCAUAUGAUGCAAUUGCGAUGUUUGAUCCUUGAUUUUGACGUUGAUUCACCAAAAUCUAACUUGAGUGCAGAAGUUGUUAUGGUCAAUAUACAAGUUCCAGGCAUCUUAAUCCGAAGUCUAGGCUCCAUCAUCGCAUUCGCAUAAGUCCACCUUCAAGCCUGUCGCGUACAACUUCCAUAUUGUUUAUGUUGUUUCUAUUACUUUAUGAUAACGAAGAAUCUUGUAAUUUAUUUGAUCGUUUCUGUCAAGUAUGUGAAUGAAAGUGAAUGAAGAAA